ACUCGAGUCACUUGGAGGCAGGCAGCGAAGUCUGAGAACCUACAUCUAUAUUAAAUAUUGUUUUCUUUUCUCUUUCUUGUGUGGUUUUUUGGAGGGGGAGAGGGCUGUUGUACGGAGCUCCGGCGCACUAGCGCUUAAAAUGGCAUCAUUUCUACAUCAGCUGCGACUUCUGCUGUGGAAAAACGCGCUGAGUGCCUAUAGACAGCCAGUAUGGUCACUGGCCCUUGUAAUAUGGCCCUUAGUAAUAUUUAUCAUUCUGGCUGUAACCAGAUCACAGUUCCCUCCUCAGCUCAAAGGCUCAUGCUAUGUGGCCCCCAGAAACCUUCCCAGUGCAGGACUUUUCCCCUUCCUGCAGACCCUCAUGUGCAGCACUGACAGCUCUUGUAGCAACCAUUCAUACACGGUGGCGUCACGGUUAGCGAAUCCCCCGCACUUAUCCUGGGGUCAGGCUGAUGCUGAGAGGUUGUCGCUGCUGCCCCUGGGGACUUUAGCCCCCAGAAACCUUCAGAAAAGCUAUCUGGCAGACUUGGCGCUUGAAGUGAAUGCCACUGAACAACCCCAACUCCUGGAGCUCUGGGACAGGAUGCUGAAUUCCAGCAGUCAAGGCACAUUCAACUUGUCCUCCUCUGCAAUGAACACAAUGAACACCACAAAUUUUUCAGAUCAGAAGGUUUUAAAUGCAAUGAUGGACCCUGUGAGCAUACUGAAGAAGUCUUUGUGUGAGGUGUCCUUCUCUCUCAUCAACGUCUCGGCCCAGACUUCCGUGGAUCCCCUUACCUUUGGCCUAAAUGCCUUCUGCAAAUCCAAUGACACACUGCUGGAGGUCUCCUUACUCACCCUGAACCAGGUGAUCAUGGAGCGGCUCUUAAAAAAUCCAAUGGAGAUGCUGAAGACUAUUGGGGAGGCUGUGUUAGUGUUCGACCAGCUCCAGCUGAAGCAGCCAUUGUGGGACACCCUUCUGGGUUUGCCGAACCUCUUCCUGGCCUCCAGUACAGAAGAAAUGCUACUGGAAUUGGAUGUACUGCUCAAGAACAUCAAGAGGAUUGGUGUUGAUAUACAGAGCAGCUUCCCCGAGGCCCAAAUUCCAGUUUCUGUGAUGAACCCUGCUGUGGAUAUGGUUCUCAGCUUCCUGCAGUACAUUCGGAACUGGCCUGUCAAUGGUGUCAACAUGAGUCUGAAUGAUUUCUUCAGAGUGGCAGAGAACUCAACUGUGAACAGUACAGCAGUGGUCCAACAAGUAAACAUGAUUCUCCAGACAUGGGGUAUAAAUGUGGCUCCCUCAGAUGUGGCCUACAUAACCUCGCUGCUGAAUGACCUGCUGAAUGCCUACUUCACCAACAACCUGAAAGCAUCUAUGGGCCAGAACAGGCAGUUUCCAGUGAGCCAGGAGGAGCGAGCUGUUUUGAGCAUGAUGUCAGUGGCCCUGGACCUGCUGGAGGGUCUGACUAGUCCAUCCUAUGUCAAUGCCUUCCUCAGUUGUGCCAAGAUUUCAAUGGAUCUGGCUACACAAAUACUUGACACAACCAGAGAGCAAAUUGCUUUCCUGCUGAGGGAUGGCACACAUGUUCAGCAGGUUUUCUUGUCCCUGAUGCUGAAUGACAGCCUGGCAAAUUCCUGGUCCCAAAAUGUUCUGAAUUCAUCAGUACAGACUAUAGUGAAGGAUACUUCGAAAUGCUCAGAUCUUCUUGUUCCCUGGUCCUGGCUGUCCAGCCUCAGUUCUUUGGACCCUAACUUGUGGGAAGUGGUUCUUUGCAACAACUCUAUGCUGCCAGAUGCACUUGUAGCUCAGUGGGUGGGAGUGGUCCAAAAGGUGAAUGAACUUGUGGGAGUUUUUCAAGGUACUGUGAAUUCCAAUAUCUCUGCUUCUGUACUCCUGUCUGAGUGGAAGAAGCUCAACAGCAGCUAUGUACAGUUUGCCAGUUUCUGGCAACAGCUCUAUAGCUCUCCGGAUGCACCGUAUUGGGAAGCCUGGAUCCCAGGCAGCAUCAGUGUUAACUGGCUGGACAUAAUCCGCAAAAGGGCCUGGGAUAGUUUUGAAGCAUUUGGGUUAGAGUUGCAGAAAAAUCCAGCAUGGCUGUCUUUGGAGCCCUACUUUCACAUCGCUUACUGGAUUAUGACAUAUCAGCCAAAUGUUACCAAAACACCAAACUGCACCAUUGACAAUAGCACAAUGUUCCCUUACUGUUACACUAAUUUCACUUGGGAGAAGAUUCCUUCAUUAUCAGAAUCUGUGAUUCAGGAGCUUUCUAUUAAUCCUGCAACAAUACUGAGAUAUGUUCAAGGAUCUGUGGCUUUUCUAGAUGGAGUCUAUGGAGAUUUUUUUAUGCGGACACUUAACAUCCUGGGGCAAUUUCCUGGUAAUGGCUCCACCGAGAGCCUUCUGGGAACCCUUAUCCAGUCAGUUGAAGAGGACAUACAGAUCCUAUCGAAUGUCCUUUCCAUGGAACAACUUGACAGGCAACUCUUCAUGUCGAUCCUGGAGAAGUACCUCGAUGCCUUGGGUUUGAGACCCAUGGAGGUCAUUUGGACCCAAGGCUCUGUUAAUGCUUCUAUGGCUGUUAGCACAAUUGUGGAGGCAGUUAUGGACAACUUGCACAUAUUCUCUACCCUGAGUCUGCCUCUGAACCAAACUAGCACAUCUCUGCAGGAACUAGAAACACUUGUGAUAAAGUGGUUAAGUAUGCAAGGCAAUCUCACCCUCCCGCUGUCAUUCAGCCUUAGCAGUACCCUUCUCAACUAUUCCCUCUCACUCAGCGCUAUAGACUUAACCUACCUAAAGCAGGUCCUCAAGCCCCUAAACAAUGGAAAUGCAACAGCUGUUACUGAUUGGAUUCUAAAAGCUAUGGAAGUGUUGACGCUGUCAAAUGAGGCUUCAAAUGAUUCCUCGCCACUGAUACUGGGAUACUUGCGGCAACUGCAGGACUUCCUUGCCUCUUCAUCACAAUUGUACAACCCUGUCCAACUUCUUAAAACUAAUGUACUUGAAAACAUCACAGAUGUACUGUAUCUCCAUCCAACUGCUCUGGAGACCCUUCAGCUGCUCUCCAACACAUCCCUUCAAGACAUUUACCAAGUACUCAACCUCACCACUAGGGAUCCUGUUGUGUGGCAGCCGGGUGUCUUCUUACCAUUGGAACUCUGCUAUAUCUAUAAGGAACUAAUAAAUAACACAUAUAGCUUGAUCAGAGGUCUAACAUCUUGCUCAGCUACUAGUCAAGACUGUGGAGCUGAAGUAUCCCAAGUCUUUUUCUUCCUCCACCAGGCAGCAAAAUUACUGCAGAAGCCUUCAAGUGGGAACCUCAGCAAUGAACCCGUAUUAUUUAACAUCACUCAGUUCACUGUCCAGGCAAAUUUAACUUACUCUGUAGUUAAGGAACUUCUCUCUCUUAUACUUCCUUGGGCAAAUGGCACAAACAUGUCUUUGACUCCAGAGUCUAUCCAAAAGACAAUGCACUUCUUGCACAACAUCUCAGUCACACCGAAUAUUAGUACGUCCAUUCUGGAGUAUGCCCUUCUGGCUUCUAAUUUCAGCCUUGAAGAACUAGAUGCUGUCGCAAAACUAGUUGAACCUUCUUCCAUUUCUGUGCUGUUAGCAGACCUGAUGGGUUUUAUCAGUGAGCAGGAGUGCUUCAGUCUUAUUCUCAUGAAUGCAGCACAACAGAAUGGGCUUCUUAACGUUAGUAAUGGCAGCUGCAUGCAAGACAUUGCAAUCAAAAUAACAGACUUUCUGCAAGAUUUGCCUUUCCCGGAAAGUACCCAGAAGACUUUCGUAUACCUUCGUGACCUUAUAAAAUUCUUUGCUAAUCAGACGGUGCUAAGCGAAAAUGUGACAUCCCACCCAGUUGCUGAUUUACCUAUGCUAUUUUUGGAUAACCUGACAAAUAUUCUGGACAAUAUCCAGAUGUCUUUGCAAUAUCUUGGUUUUGAGUCGUGGCAGGAAAUCAACUAUGAAAUUCAAGUCCUAAAAAGCAUGAUCCAGCUCCUUGUGAAUGGCACAUAUCCUUACAGUACAAUUAAUUCAUCCUUUCUUUACCAGCCUGAAUAUUCCCAGAGAGUUUAUUUGGAUAUAUUGCAGUGGUACCUCAGGAAACUUGAGAACAUUGCCUAUAGCAGAAAUUUUUCAGAUCUCUUUAAUCCUUUGCUCAUAAUUACUGAAAUGCAGAUGGCUGCCUCAAUUUCAGAGUCUCAGUUCAUGACAUCUGUGGUCAGUAAAUCUGAAAACCUAGUCCAGUGUUUUAAUUCUUAUGUAAAUAGUACAGACUUGAGCAAAAUUGGUCAAUAUGUUAUAGGUAUUUUAGAGGAUUUACUCAAGCUGUUAAAAUAUGUGACUCAGCUUCACAUGGAUUCCUAUGAAGCUUUGGGCCAUCACACACCAGACUUAGAAAUACUUGAGGAACAGGUGAUGAAGUAUAUUAAUCUCACAAAGGAGUUUCUGAAGGACAAUCAGUUAACAUCUGCUUUAAGUGAAGUUCUCCAGUGGAACACAAGUUCUCUGACCCAUACCAAUCUCGAUAUUGAGCUCAUUUAUAUGAUGGCACCUUUCAUCUCUGAAUACCAGCAUAACUAUCUUGUUUUAGUUAGCCAGUUAUCCCAGGGGCUCAAGCACAUCAUUACUCUAUCCACUGAAGAAAACAGCUUUCAUGGUGAAAACUUCACUGCUGCCAUCACCGAAAUUGUUGGCAUCAUCUUUAGGAACCUGAGUGUAGGACAGUCCCUGCCAAACUCAGUAAUUCAGGAAGGCAUAGAUUUCCUGCAGGAAUCUCUACAGUUUGUUUUUCAUCCAAACUUCAGUGAUGUACAGGCAAACAAUCUCACCCAGGAAGUCCUCUUGAAAGGGAAAAGACUGAUCGACACACUAGUCCCUGCAGAGAACUUCUCUGUUUUGCUGCCAAUGACACAAGUCAUCACAGCCUUCUUAAAGACAAUCUCUCAACCUGCUGGCAAAAAAAACUGGAAGCAGGUCAUCUCCAGCGAACCUUAUUUCAGUACAGCUGCAAAGAUCAUAAGACUAAUCACAGACCUCAGUCUAGGAAGCAACAGCUCCUUAGUGGAUAUUUUACAAGACAUUAACAUGAAUAACUUUACUGAUUUCAUUGACAAGCUUCAGGAAUUUGUGAACUUGGCUUACCCCGUCCUUGGUGGUUUUGAUGGGAGCUCGAUGGUGCAAUCCAUAGAGGCGAUGGCUGAUUCUAUCCCCAUCCUGCUGAGGGUCAUCACUGGACAGGCAGACAACCAAACAUGGGAAUGGGCUGAGAAGUCUCUGGAACUGCUCUUCUCAGCUAGCAAUGGGAAUGAAGUUGGGGUGACAGUGGCAUCAGCUGUGCCCAUUUUCAAGGAUCUCACCAGCGCUAUUGUUCGCAACAUUAGGGCUCAGACAGAACUCAUCUACAGUCUCCAAGAGCCAUUUGUUUUGCUGAUGUCUGUUCUUGGAAAGAUGAACUCUAGUGACAUACAGGCUAUACUGAAUACCAUUCAAGUUGUCCAACAGGCAGUGGAAUCUGGUCAUCCUUUUGAUUGCACAGGUCUUCUGAAGUCUUGGGAACCAGUCAUACAGCAAACGGGCAUAAACCCGGCCUGGCUGAACACAUGGUGUAACAUCAGCCUGGAUCAACUUCUAAACACUUAUAUAUCAAAUACCUCUCCAAUUAUGCAUUUGAAUGUCACAGGGGCCACAAUGGAAAUGGAUUCAGGCAACAUUACAGCUAAAGAAAUCGUGACAGAGUUACAGUCUCUCUUCUCAGCUGUUGUGAACCAUUCUCAGGUUGUUGACAAACUUUUCGCAGAGCUCAGUCAGCUAUUGAAGUUUUCCUUGCCAGCACCGCCUUCAGAUACCAGUAGAUGGAAUAACUGGACAGCCCAGCUCCUCUAUAGCCAGUUGUGUCAAAGUACCUUGGUAAUUCCUACUUCCAUCAAGUCCAUUUUGGACCAGGUUGUAACAGAAGCACCUCAGAUACAACCCUAUGUGUCAGCUCUGGAACAGACCGUGAACUACACCCUCCAGAACUUAUUCUUGUCUGAGAAUAGACCAGCAAACCUUGAACUUCUCAAACAAGCUCUGCAAAUCUUCUUGACUGGAAUGAACUGCACCAGUGACACUAUAAGCACCAUCCUGAAUGGAGACAUCUUCUCAAACACAAACAGCGCCCUCAUUGACAGAGUUCUAAAAGUUGGGGAAAUUCUUUGGCUAGAGAUAAUGCGAGACUGGCCACUAGUUUACAGAACUAUGGAACAGUUCCUAACUACAAAGGACAUUUCGAUGAUUUUUGAGAAGACAUUUGGGUUUGUGGUCUGGUGGAACUCAGCUGAAUCCUCUGGCAUGGAAUUUAUUUCAGACGAACUUUUUAAAAUAUAUGAAGUUGUCAAGCCCUCGAUUUCUUCUGUAAUGCAGGUGAAUUUUCCUCUGCCUUUCUACGCUGAUAUCUUUACUGACGUGGCUGGAAAUAUACUUCCCAUGUUAAGACAGAUAACCCACACAUCCGAAAUCUUCACCUCCUUUGAUGCUUACUUCUCCAACCAACAAGAACAGAUUUUUAAUGGUAUGACCUUGAAUGACCUCUUUUCCCACACUCACAUCUCCAAAAGAAGGCUGAAAAGUGAUUUGAUGAGGGAACCUAUUGAAGAUUUCCUAGACUUGGCUCAGGUAGACUAUAAUGCUUUGCUAGAGGUUUUCUCAGUCCUGCCCAGCACUGCUGACAUCAUGGAAACCAUCCACAUUUUUUUUGCCAAUCCAGACCUUGCCAUCAUUUUGAAGGGUAUAUUCAGAGAGUUUACUGGAGAUUACAACCAGGACCAGACCAUCAAUACAGCCCUGGGCGUUCUCUCUUACGUCACUGCUUCUGGCCAGUGGGAAAAGUAUGCAGAGAUGUUUAUGCAUAUUUCCCAACAGGGAGGCAAUCUAAAUGAACUGGACAGCAUUGGGACGCUUGUGGAGACCAUUGGGAGUUCAGCUGAUAUGGUUAUGCUUUCAGCCCAGCAGUCAUUCUUAGACAUUACCCAGAAUGUGGACAGCAUAAUGAAGGAACUUAACUAUCUAGUGUCAGAUAUUGUUCAACAACAGAUGGGGGGCCAUACAAGUACAGUUAUGCAAUUUCUCACAGGGUUGAACAACAUACUGAAAAAGAAUAUUCAAAAACAGAAAGUCUCUGCAGUAUCAAACUUUGUCAAAAACCACCUUGCUUCUGGAACCUCAGAGACCCCACAGACAAAUCUGACUCCUUACAUUACUGUAUUGGAUCAAUCUGUUGAUGCAUUUGCCUCCUUCAUGUCUCCAGAGCAAGCAAUUUACUUUAACUUCACAGCACAGAUGAUAAAGGGCUUUUCAAUGCUCAUGGAUCAAACCACAAAUCCUGUUGAAGCUCUUUUGUCCACUAAAAUGAUUUCUGACUCUCUAGAUUAUCUUCUGGCUACUACUGGUCAACCUACACUUCCAAAUGGACAGUCCAUUCAAGACAUCUCUUACCCUUUGAUUCUCAAUAGCAUGCUUGUCACUCAAGCUCUGUGGAAUCUGUCCAGUUACAACCAAACUCUCAGUAACACAACUGAGAGAGAAAACAUGGUAAUGCAAGCACUUCAUGCACUAGAGUCCAGCCUUCCAGAGGAUCAGAAAAAAUAUGUUAUGUCUCUCAGUCCAGCAGACCUACCUGUCUUUGCUGGAGGCUGGAACACUGCUGAGAUACCGCAGAUCUUUUUCAACAUUUCCAGUCAGGUUUCUUCUUCACUCCUCACCAUGCUGAAUGUCACCGAUUUCCCUGUGCUUGAACAAACUUUGUUAACCGUCUCAAACCUGGUGUCCAGUUGUCUGUGGAACAGCCUCACAAGUGUUCCUUCCACCAUUCAACUAACUCACAUUUUUAAUCCUCUAAAUCAAAUGAUAACCUCAUUGACACCUGUCCUACCACCUGAAGGAGGUCAUUACAUUAAUGCUUCAUUAAGUAUUCUAGAAACAAUUGCCAUUUCUUUAAAUGGUACAGGAAAGACUAUGGACACAGAGGGUGCUUCCGCUGCCAUCAUGUCCUCUGUUCAGUCUCUUCUGGCUGUUGUGCCACAUCCGGCCACCCAGACUGCUGAAAACAUCUUCAAAGUGCUCAAGCACACUGUCCAGACAGUGUUGCAGGUCAUUUAUUCUGACCAAAGUUCUCUACUGCAGACAAGAAAAAUCAGCCAGCUGCUUUUGCAUGAUGUCUACAACAUGCUUGUUUUAGCAAAUAAGAGCUUGGAGGUGCAGCUGAAACGGCUGAUGGUGGAUACUGCUGAUGUGAAUCUUAACAGUCUGCUUACAAUGAAUGGAACUACUUGGACAGAAAAACUUUCACUAGUGUUAAACAAUAUUGGGAACCAACUUUCAAAUGAUCUUCCCUAUGCUCUUCUCAUCAAAAACCUUAUCACAAGCUUUACCACUGAAUCUCAAGCUGAGCUCAGUAUCUUGCUUCAGAUACAGCAGACAGCAUCUGAACUGUUUGCCACCAGCUGGAUGACUAAUAACUUCACUCUCCUCACCAACCAGCUGUUGACUGAGGUGUGCAAACUGGAGAGUAUGGGUUCAGUCCAGCAGCUCUACCAGGUGUUCUCCAUCACAAAUGGGUUUCUGUGUGAAACAUUUGUCCCCAUAUUUAAGGCGCUGCAGUUGAUAACACAGCACCUGGUGAACAGCAACAGUGCCUUUUCCGAGAUGCUGUUUGAUGAAUUUGUUGGGGAUCCCAAGACCUUUCAAAUCAGCAAUAACUGGAGCUCUGUACUUUUUAGCAGCUUUGGCUUCAACAUGAGCACUCUGACAUUUCUCAAUAUGACAAUCAGCCCUCAAGACCCAGUGCUCAUGUCUGAUUUACUGAGAAACAAGACAGCAUUUUUAAGGGAUCUCCAGAAAGUCACCAAUAUUUCUCCAGAAAUCAUUAGCCUUUUGAUGAACAUGGAGCUGCCCAGUAGCAGCCUGGAGAUUCUCUCCUGGCUUACCAGCAUGCACUACUGCAGUAAUCCAUCAGUGUUGAUGCUAAAGCCAAAUGAGGAAGUGAUCUUCAAGACCUUUUGCUCAUUACCUGCAGAAGAGUGGUACAACUUUAUGGUUGUGCUGGCUCAGUACAUCAGUGUGGAGAAUGUAAUCUACAGGCUGUUGCUGACCAGUGAAAUACAAAACCUUGUCAACCUCAUGCUUCAAAUGAUAAGAAUCCUUUAUGAGCUGAUGAAUAAGUUAAUGCCCUCUGUCAAUGUUCUACUUGAGUAUGUGGAAUCCAUUCGUAACCUCAACCUUGCGUCCAGCUCUGAGGCCCGCAGUCUGGUCAGGGAGAAGCGUUCUACUAUUUCUAGCAAGGGCAACUUUGACACCAUCUCCAAAGCUAUGUGCACCAAAGGCAUGCUGUCACUCUUUGGGAUUUCCAAUAUGCCGGUGACCUCCAACUCAGACCCUGCCACCCAAGGAGAUGCCAAGAUCGAGGAGCUCAUUGACAAGUUCAAUAUCCCACGCAAUGCCACUCCUUACUGUAUGAACUUCUACCUGGAAAUGGUGAACACCACAGCAGGUGCAGUGGCCUGGGCCUUUGUCAAGCCCAUGCUAUUAGGAAGAAUCCUCUAUACACCUGACACACCUCUGACCAGAGAGAUCAUCCAGAAGUCAAAUACUACAUUGCAACAAUUUGCUGACUUGAGGCUGUUUUCACAAGAGUGGAUAAAGUCUUCCUCUUAUAUCAUGGAUUCUGCACGUCUUCUACAGCAAACAUUACCGUUACUCAAGAACUCCCUCAAUAACGCCUUCAUUCAGAACUUCAUCCAGCUACAGACAAACAUUGAUGUCAUCCAAAUGAAAGAAACUCUCAACACCUUUUCCAACAUUACCAGCAUGCUGAUAGAGAACCAGGAUAUUGUCCAGCAAAUCACCACCUUGUCCUCCCUGAUGAUGAACCUCUCUUCCUGUGUCAACUUUGACCGCUUCCAAGCAUUCAACUCCACUGAUGAGCUCAGUGCACAGGCAGAAGCCCUUGCAAAAACACGUGACCUCUAUGCCAGUGUCAUAUUCAAGCUGCCUCAGGACAACUCUUCUUCCUCCUGGCAAAAACUGGACGUCUCUGGUAACCUGCCCCCCAGAGUGGAGUACACAAUCCGGAUGAACAUCGAGAACGUGAUGCGCACCGACCGCACUCGUAACCUAUUCUGGGUUCAAGGCCCCUACAUCUCAUCCAUCAAGACACAGCGCUACAAUCGCGGGUUCGUGUAUCUGCAGGAGAGCAUUGAUCGGGCCAUUAUUGAAAUGCAGACAGGCAGCCCAGUGGAGGAGCCUGCUGUGCAGCUGCAGGCUUUCCCUUACCCAUGUUACCUCAAAGAUGAAUAUCUGAACAGCGUGUCCUAUGCAUUCCCACUUGUCCUCAUGAUUGCCUGGGUGCUCUUUGUUGCACAAUUUGUCAAGAAGCUAGUACUUGAAAGAGAACUCCGUCUACAUGAGUACAUGAAGAUGAUGGGAGUCAACCCUGUGAGCCACUUCUUUGCCUGGUUCCUGGAGAGCGCUGCUUUCCUUCUGCUGACCAUUAUUAUCCUCACCAUAAUUCUGAAGGCUGGCCAGGUGCUACCCAACAGCGAUGGUUUCUUGCUUUUCCUUUACCUCUGUGACUAUGGACUCGCCAUCCUGGCCAUCAGCUUUCUCAUCAGCUCCUUCUUCGACAAGACCAAUAUUGCUGGGCUCAGUGGCAGUCUCAUCUACGUCAUCUGCUUUUUCCCCUUUAUUGUAGUCAUGUCUCUAGAGACCACACUCUCAGUUUCUGCCAAAAGUGCUCUGAGUCUGUUUGCACCCACCUGCUUCAGCUAUGCUAGCCAGUACAUUGCCCGCUACGAGAUCCAAGGAGAAGGAAUCCAAUGGAGUAACUCAUAUAUUUCCCCCAUCCUGGAUGACAGCUCAUCUUUUGGCUGGCUCUGUUGGCUGCUUCUCAUUGAUUCUGUGAUCUACUUCCUACUUGGCAUGUACAUUCGCAGUGUCUUCCCAGGCAAAUACGGCAUUGCAGCACCAUGGUACUUCCCACUGUUGCCAUCCUUCUGGACAGACCUGUUUGGAUGCAGCAAAGAUAACAAGAAGCAGGGAUUGCUUUUCUCUAACAUCAUGCAAAGAAACCAUAUGGUUUUCCCCAAUGACAAGAACAAACCUGAGGGCAGCGUCUCCUUCCAGGAGGAGAAUGAGUUCCAGGGCCUCCGUGUUGGGGUCUCGCUUCAUGGCCUGACAAAGUUGUACGGGAGCGAAGCUGCCAUAAAGAACCUCAACAUUUCCUUCUACGAGGGCCACGUUACAGCUUUGCUGGGCCACAACGGAGCUGGAAAGACCACCACCAUGUCCCUGCUCACUGGGCUCUUUGGCCCCACCUCUGGCUCGAUUGAAGUAUAUGGCAAGGACAUGCAGACCUACAGUGAUGAUGUCCGCAAGGAUCUGGGUGUGUGCAUGCAGUACGAUGUCCACUUCGAUCACCUGACCACCAAGGAGCAUCUGCUUCUCUAUGGACAGAUCAAGGCUCCCCACUGGACCCACCAAGAACUGCAAGAGCAAGUGCGCAAAAUCUUGCAGGACACUGGUUUGUAUACCCAUCGACACAAACGUGUUGGCACCCUUUCGGGUGGCAUGAAGCGAAAGCUGUCCAUCUCUAUUGCCUUCAUUGGUGGGUCACAUCUAGUGGUCUUGGAUGAGCCCACCACAGGAGUAGACCCUUGCAGCCGACGUGCCAUUUGGGAUAUCAUCAUCCAGCAUAAGAAAGAACGCACCAUAAUCUUGUCCACCCACCACUUGGAUGAGGCCGAGGUUCUCAGCGACCGCAUUGCCUUCCUAGAGCGUGGAGGACUGAAGUGCUGUGGUUCACCCUUCUAUCUCAAAGAUAAACUGGCUCAGGGAUACAACCUCACCCUCACAAAGAAGGUUCAGACUCCUGAGUCAAAUGUGCAGUUUGACAGUGAGGAAGUGAAGACUUUUAUCCAGUCAUACAUCCCAGAGGCUCAGUUGAAAGAAGGUGGAGUGAGUGACAUUGUCUACAAACUGCCACCCUUCAGCUCACAGAAUGCAAUGGCGUACCACUCCUUGCUCACCAACCUGGACAAGAACUUGGAUUCCCUGCAACUUGGCUGCUAUGGCAUUUCUGACACCACACUGGAAGAGGUUUUUCUUCAGCUGACCAAAGAUGAGAGAGAGUGUGACACAGGAACGUCAAUCUCCAUCACACACUCGGCGAUGGAUGUGUCCGCUGCCAGAGACGGCGUGCUGGACGAGCUGUCGGACACCAACACGCUGACCGGAUCCCCCCCCGUGCGAGGCUUGGCCCUGUUCGGUCAGCGAGUGGCAGCAAUGUUUCUAAAGAGGGCGCAUCACUCACGGCGGGACUGGAAAGGCCUGUUUGCACAGGUCCUACUUCCUACCCUGUUUGUCAUCGCUGCCAUGGGUCUGGGCUCCAUCCAAAGCAACCUGCUGGACUUCCCUGAAAUGGAGCUCUCGCCAGCUCUUUACCGCUCUGCACAGUCGUACAGCUUCUUCAGCAACCAGAAUGCCAACUCCACAAACCUGGUGGACACCAUGCUGUCCUUCCCAGGAAUAGAUAACGUGUGCCUGAACAAUCCUGAUGACACGUUAUGUCUGAAAAGUGACACUUAUGAAGCUGAUGCUUGGAUGUCAAGUGGGAAUGCUUCAAGUCCGUUUGUGUCAUGCCAGUGCACAGUGACAAAACAGGUCUGUUCCCGUGACAACUACCAGCCCCCCCACAAGAAAAUUCCAUCUUCCCAGACUGUUUACAACCUGACUGACAUCAAUGUUGAGAACUACCUAUUAGCAACAGCCAACAACUUUAUCCGAGAUAGGUAUGGCGGCUGGGAAUUUGGUGCCUCCCUCCCUGCAGACCUCAAAAUGGGCAUCACAGCUGUGCCUCCCAACAGAACCCUCACUAAGGUGUGGUACAACCCAGAGGGUUACCACUCCAUGCCGGCCUACCUCAAUAGCCUCAAUAACUUCAUCCUGAGGUCCAACCUCCCAGCAGAAAAGGACCCAAGGCAGUAUGCAAUCUCUGUGUCCAGCUAUCCGUACCCUGGCCAGAUGCAAGAUGAUGAUAUCAUAGUGAAGAGUCUGGUUUACAUCAUGGUGGCCCUGUGCAUUCUCACGGGAUACUCCAUCAUGACAGCAAGCUUUGUCAUCUGUGAGGUACAGGAACACCACAGUGGAUCCAAGAGGCUGCAGCACAUCUCAGGCAUUGGGGAGCCCUUCUAUUGGGUCAUCAACUUCUGUUACGACAUGGCUCUCUACAUGGUUCCUGUGGCUCUCUCCGUCGCCAUGAUAGCUGCCUUCCAGCUCCCAGCAUUCACUGCUAAGCAGAACCUGGCUGCUGUCACACUGCUCCUGGUGUUGUUUGGUUUCGCCUCUUUCCCUUGGAUGUACCUACUGUCAGGAACUUUCAAAGAUGCAGAGAUGGCCUUCAUCAGCUAUGUCUGCAUAAACCUCUUCAUUAGCAUCAACACUAUCAUUUCCACUUCCGUGCUCUACUUCGUGUGGCAGCUCAACAACAAUGAUGAGAGGGCCCACGAGGUGUACCAGACCCUCAGCUAUGUGUUCCUCAUCUUCCCCCAGUUCAGUUUUGGGAAUGGCCUAAUGGAGCUGGCUCGUGUUGACAUGCAGGCACAGAUUCUUAGUGCCUAUGGUGUGGAUUCCUACACAAACCCCUUCAGCAUGGAUGUCCUAGGCUGGAUGCUUGUGGCCCUCUUCCUGCAAGGCUCUGUUGUCUUCUCCUUGCGCUUGUUACUCAACAAGUUCCUCCUGCGUAAGAUAAGGAACCUCAUUUGUUCUAAGAAAGUGGUCCCAGAGACUGACUCUUGGGAUGAGGAUGAGGACGUGAUGAUGGAGCACCACCGUGUGGCUAAUGGUGGUGCCAGUGGUGACCUACUGCAGGUCAACCAACUGCGUAAGGUCUACCAGCACAUGCGAAAGAAGAUCCAGGCAGUGCGAAGGCUCUCUGUGGGCAUCCCAGCUGGGGAGUGCUUUGGACUAUUGGGGGUGAAUGGCGCAGGGAAGACUACCACCUUUAAGAUGCUCACUGGUGACAUCAGCCCCACGGACGGCACAGCGCAGAUCCGCAGCAGCGAUGGGACAAUGGUGGACAUCAUUGACUGCCGUAGCAUGGGCAUCAACAUCGGGUACUGCCCUCAGGUGGAUGCACUGGAUGAGCUGCUCACGGCUGAGGAGCACCUGUACUUCUAUGCUCGCAUUCAGGGUAUCUCCAGAAGGGACAUAGACCAAGAGGUGAAUUACCUCCUGAGGAAGCUGGAGCUGGACUUCCACCGGAAAAAGAUCUGCGAAGGCUACAGCUGUGGUACAAGAAGAAAACUAUCUGCUGCAAUGGCCCUGAUUGGUCGUCCUCAGAUCCUGCUCAUGGAUGAGCCCAGCUCGGGCAUGGACCCACGCUCCAAGCGUCACUUAUGGAGCAUCAUCUCAGAGGAGGUGAAGGAGAAAUGUGCUGUGGUACUGACUUCCCACAGUAUGGAGGAGUGUGAGGCUCUGUGCACACGCUUGGCCAUCAUGGUGAAGGGCCAGUUCAGAUGCCUGGGCACCUUACAGCACAUAAAGAACAGAUUUGGCAGUGGAUUUACAGUCAAGAUGUACCUGGCUGUCACCUCUGGUGAUGUGGAUUCCAUCACCAACUUUAUGCAGUUCCAUUUCCCCGGCACGCACCUGAAGGAGCAACAUUUAUCAAUGGUGGAGUAUCAUGUGCCCAUGGCCCCGGGUGGUGUGGCGGGCAUCUUCCAACAACUGGAGUCUCACAAGGCUGCCCUACACAUCAAACACUUCUCUGUCACCCAGACCACACUGGAUGAGGUGUUCAUCAAUUUCGCCAUGGGGAAGGUGGGCAUCGAAACAAUUCCCAUUGAUAGUGAGGGUUCAGACUUGGACAGUCUGGAAUCGACAGAGGACCUGCGCUCAUAGACAUGCGCACCACCUUUCUAGCAAUGUUUAAUGUUUUAUUAGUGCUAAUGGUUAUUUUACUCAAUAACUGUUUUGAAGGCACUUUUAUUUAUAAACGCUUUUCACAUAUUAGAUAUGGCUUAUGCUUUUUUAAUAGAAAUUUAUACUACAGACCUGUACAAAUAAUGGAAAAAUG